GCCUGCCAGCGCCGCAUGGAUCAUGGUUCGGGCCUAGUCUAACCCCCACUACAAGUGGAUACUUGCGGGCAAUUCCCCCUCAUCACAUCAAAGAAUCGUCUACACUAACAACAAUCCCAGCAUGUUAGUGAGAGACAAUUGUCACACGAACACGUAGUUGGCACAAUGACAGAAACAGGGGAUGCCUGUCACUUUGUCUACUUAUUUCCACCGUCACCCCGCGCUGCUCCCCGUCCCUCCAAACACCCAUCUAUGUUUCUGGCCUAUGCUAACAAUCCCAUUCCAGCCCAACCCCCAUAAACAUGUCCACUGAAAACCACGAAAGCACCUCACCAUCCGGUGUCCUCCUACUAGGCAGCAUCCCCCUCUCCUCAACAGAAGAAGUCUUCCACAAGAUCCCUGCCGCACUACCAGACCGACUCUUCUCCAUCCCCGACGGCGAAACAGGCAUCCGCGACAACUACAUCCGGUGGCAAGUCGACAGUUUCCCCAAAGAAGCCAUCCACCAAUUCCUCGGAGGAACCGACCUACCCACCAACCAUCCCGGCUUCACCCUGAACGACAUCAAGCCAACCCGAUACGACACAGUCGCACUCGAAUCCUACCAAACCUUCCUAAAGCUACUAGAGCAAGAAGUUAUCCCACCGGGAGUCCGCUUCCAAGUCUCCCUCCCCCUACCCCUGAACUGCGUGCAGGGCCACACACGCACAGAAUUCCACGCGCAGCUAGACCCCCUGUACGAGCAGCGCAUGAUCGAAUCAGUCCAAUCCAUCAUCCAGAACAUCCCUGCCCACGACCUCGCCCUUCAAUGGGACGUCUGCUUCGAGGUCACAGCGCUUGAGAACGAGCGCGGCCGGCUCCCAGACCCUUUCUUCAAGCCUCAUUUCUCGCCAGUGAUGGAGGGCGUGCUAGAGCGUAUUCAACGCGUUAGCGACAUCGCUCUCAUCCCCGCUGAGGUUCCACUUGGAUUCCACCUGUGCUACGGGGACCUAGGUCACAAGCAUUUCGUCGAGCCAGAGGAUCUCAGUCUUCUGGUCGAGCUGGCGAAUAAUAUCUUCGAGUGUAUUCAGCCUCGUCCGGUUGAUUGGGUGCAUAUGCCUGUGCCUAAGGAUCGGGAUGAUGUUGCUUACUAUGAGCCGCUGAAGCAGUUGAAGAUGGGCAAAGAUUCCAGGUUGUAUUUGGGGGUCGUGCAUGCCUAUGAUGAGGAGGGUACUCGACGGAGAAUACAGACGGCUAAGUCGGUGGUGUCGGAUUUUGGGGUCGCGACUGAGUGUGGGAUGGGACGGACUCCAGCUGAGGAGCUGAACAGCAUCCUGGAGAUAUCUAGAAAUGCUUCUUCGCCGCUGUGGUUAUAGAUUUGUGCCGUGCGGUGUGGUGUGUUUGUUGGUUUGGGGCUUUGGAGUACUGCGUAUAGAGCAAUGGAAAAUAUCGUCUAUUUCUGUUUAGUAUGCGGUGAACUAUGCGAUGAGCAUACCUGGACAUAAGGAAUCUUUCGUGCUGAAACAUCUGUGUCACCCGAUUGCUGAGUGGCCAGCGGUAUGGCGUUUUGAUCUACUACUUGGCAACAUGCUGUGUUAACAAUUUUGCCGGAUGGCCGCUAAUCAUUGCCGUAGCUGACUUUCACCCGAUGUAAGGAA